AUGGGUAAUAAUGUUGUUGGCACGAUCCCUACCACUGAGCUACAUGAACAACAGGAAAUCAAUUUAAGACUGAUCAUUGCUGAUUUGCAGACCAAACUGACGGAAGUGCAAUUGGAAAGGGAUGUGCUUCAGGAUACCAGACAAAAGGAAUCCCAGAGCCAAGAGAAUGUGAAAAUACAGCUAAAAAAUACUAUUCAGGAGCUGGAAGCUGCCAACCAGCUGCAGGAAGAGAUGCUGAGGGAGGCUGACAGUCAAACUGAGCAUCUGAAAAAGAUGGUACACAGCCACGAGGAAGUACUUCUGGAACUGCGUGGCAUCCUAAUGGACUAUGAAGACAGCACAGGCAAGAAACUCUGUGCGCAUGAGAAUAUUACUAGCCUACACAUCCAGAACCUGAGCACAGCAUUUGCUGACAUUCUGCGAGAUUUAGACUCAGAGGUGUCAUACCUCAAAGAAAAGGUUGUCCUGGUGGAAGAAGAACUUGACUCGUUGAAAAAAGAUUCACAGACGCAAAACCAACUACUGCUUCAGCAACAUCAACAUAGAGAACAAACUAGAAACCAAAAUUCAGUGCACGCACAGCAAGUGAGUCACCUGGAAUCUACAGUUUCUCAGCUGCGUUCUGAAUUACGAGAAGCUAAGAGGAUGUAUGAAGACAAGGUCAAAGAUCUUGAGAAGCAGUUGCACCUAGCUCAUUCGGAAAUAGCAGAAGCUCAGACAGAACAGGAUCAACUCAGCCAAGGAUCUGGGAACCUGAAUGACCGGAUUCAUCAAUUGUUGACUGAGCUUCAUAAAAAAGAGAUAGAACUAAGUCUAGAAAAAGAGCAGAACAAGCGAUUUUGGGAUCGGAACACAGACAGCAGCGUCACCAUUGACCAUCUAAGGAGAGAACUGGACAACAAAAACAUGCAGUUGCAGCGCAUGGAAAACACGGUGAAGGAAAUGAGGACUGAAUGUCACAGACAAAUGGAGUGCCAGAUGGCUGCAAUUCAGGAAAAAAAUGAAAGCGUUGGAAGAAUCUCAUCUUUGACUGUGCAACUGGAGUCAGCCAAGGAAACGCUCUGUAAAGUUAAAGAAGAUCUUGCAGCCAAAGAGAUUGAUUUGGAGACUGCUGAGAAAACAGCGUCAAAUCUGACGGCCCGUCUGCAGGAGAAAGAGAGAGCCCUUGAAGUUACCAGUGAGGAAAUCAAGAAGCUGCAUUCACAGCUCGGCAGUAGGAUGCAGGAGCUCCAGCAUGUAAAGAACGAAGAGGACUGUUUACGCAAUGUACAGUCAGAGCGUGAAACGUUGAAACUGCAGCUGUUAGAGAAGGAAAGGAUUGUUGAGAUCUUCCAAAAGCAAAUUGAUAACAUGACCCAGAUCGUGGGCCAGCACAGUCGAACUGCUGGAGCAAUGGCAGUUGAGAAAUCUCAGCUUAUAAAAGACAUAAAUGACUGGAAACUUAAAGUAGAAGAACUUAAGAUUGCAAAGGAUGAGAAGGAAGCCAGAAUACGUGAAAUGGAGGCCAGACUGAGCGAGCUGGAACUGGAAAAGGUUAAACUGGUCAACACAUGCAGUGAGAGACUCCAUGCACUUAAUGAUAUGAAACUGGAAAAAGACCAACUAAUGAAUGAACUCCAGGCCGGUCGGAGGGAGCUGGCAGGCCUUGCAGAGGGUUUGGAAGAUUUGAAGAGAGAUUACCAGGAUAAAAUCGAGGAGAUGGAAAAGACUGCAAACAGACUGAAAAUGCAGUUGAAAUCUGCCCAAGCUGAACUAGAACAGACCAGGACUGCUCUAAAGAUUAUGGAGGGAUCUGAUGGCCAUGCCAUGAAAGCUGCAGUGGGAAUGCAGAAGCAGAUCACGGCCAAGAGAGGACAGAUAGAUGCAUUACAGAUCAAGAUCAAGUUCUUGGAAGAGGCAAUGACAAAUGCAGCUAAGGAGAAGCAUUACCUCAGAGAAAAGAAUAGUAAACUAAGUCAAGAAUUGAGCUAUAUUACAGCAGAAAAUACCAAGAUUGCUGGGGAGCUGGACAUCCUGAGAUCACAAGACAAACGUCAGAAGGAAAAAAUAGCUAAGAUGGAGACAGCCCUUGAUAAGGCAUCUGUGCAGUUUGCAGAAUGUCAGUGCAUAAUCCAGUGUCAGCAACAAGAAGCUAUGCGCUUCAGACUGCAGCAUACUCUAGAUGUAAAAGAACUGCAGGGCCCGGGCUACUCCUCAGCUUCUGCUUCAGGCAAGCUGCGGCGCAUGGUGCCUCUUUCCCACCUGCGCUCUGCUGUUGUGCCACCUUCCUGGAACUCGGCCAGCUGUGCCCCUCCUAUGCCUUCCAAGCCAGGCAUUUUGGAAGAGGAACCAUUGCAGGAUCUAAAGAGGAUCCUUCAAGAACGAACAAGCUUAGACAAUGACAUUCCCGCUGUGGAUCUUGGCAAGGAAUACAGCGAUGGUGGGAGAAAAUCACCUUUAGCAACCAGGAGGAAUACAGUGGAGACUGCAGCUAGAGACUCUGCUACUGAAAGCAUCGUGGAAAAGGAUUCCUUUGGACGGGAUCCUUCAUGCUUACACACUGGAGAUUCUCACUUCCAAGAUGUUACCCUGCCCUUUGCAUCCCUUGGAGGUACAUCCACCUUCUCAGCAGCUCCUCGUUAUACAGUCUCCCCCAAGAAGGUCUCUCAGGAGGAGAGAUACAGAGAAAGGUCUCCAGUACACUUGCUGUUAACUUCUCCACCCGACGACCUUGCAGCUGGCCCCAGCGCUUCACCAGAGCACAGACCGUCUGCAAAGAAAGUUUUGUCUCCAGAGAGUGCAGCCUCAGUCCCCCAGAUAACUUCUCAGCCCAUGGAAACUAGUGAGAAUACACCUAGGAGGCUACAGGACAAGAUGAAAAGCCUGCAAAACCUGGUGGAAUCAUUGCAGAUAAAAAACCAAGCCGUGUCAUCGAUGACCAGAACUCAGGAAAUGAAGACAGGGAAAGCAAAGGAAAAGAAGAAAAAGCUAUCAAAGUGAAGACGCCUUAUACAUUAGUGAUUACUUUCACACACUUUUUCAUCCAGUAUCUGCAG